UUUUAAAUGUGUGACAACAGCUUAGCCGGAAAAUCUUCGGAAUGGACUGGAGUUGAAAGGUCAGUUACGUCAUGGCCAAGAUGGCAGCUUUCAUGGUAGAGAGUGGAGAGGAUGCAUUUAGAAAAAUAUUCAAGUUUUACAAGAGAAGAGACCCUCCGCCAGACUUCAGCGAUGUCAUUGACUUCUCCAAAAGUGUAUCGAGUGACAAGAUAGUUCCAGCUAAAUUGGACCUUGCUGCAGUGAGUGAUGUGGAGGCUGCAAGGGUUGGAUUACAGCCUGUCAGAGACUGGAAAGCCUUCGGGCUGCGGGGCUAUCCAGGAUUCAUCUUCAUCUCCAACCCGUUCCUGCUGGGCUGCCAAGCCUUCUGGGUCAGGCAGUGUCUGAAGACCUACUCUCAGAAACCCAACGUCUGCAACCUGGACAUGCACAUGUCACCCUCCGACACCCAGGACAUCUGGGGCAAGAGCGUACAGGGCCUCAGGUCUCCUCCCUCUGGAAAAAGACAAGCCAAGACUCUUCUGGAAAGGCUGCGCUGGGUCACUCUGGGUUAUCAUUACAACUGGGACACCAAGACUUACUCUGCCAACCAUUACACUCCUUUCCCGGCUGAUCUCCACUCACUGUCCCGCCAAAUAACAGCCGCCUGUGGGUUCCCAGGAUUCAACGCAGAAGCUGGAAUCCUCAAUUACUACCGAUCCGAUUCAUCUCUGGGAAUCCACGUGGAUGAGUCCGAAUUAGAUCACAGCCGUCCGCUCCUGUCAUUCAGUUUUGGACAGUCAGCCAUCUUCCUCCUGGGAGGCGUCUGCAGACAAGAUCCCCCCACUGCUAUGUACAUGCACAGUGGGGACAUGAUGCUGAUGUCGGGGCAGAGCCGCCUUCUUUACCAUGCCGUCCCACGCAUCCUUCCAGCACCCUUGGGACAUACAGCUUUGGAGAUGGAAGGCUGCCGCCCGCCCUCACACCUGCAGGACAGCACUGUGGUGGAGCCAGUGUCAGAGGAGGACUGGACUGUGUGCUCCAGGUACAUCCAGAGCUCCAGAGUGAAUGUGACUGUGAGACAGGUGCUGGGACCUGGGCAGAGCUUCCCAGAAACACCAUUUUCUCUCCAAAAGACUGAUGCAGGCCAGACGGUGGGGUACCAUGAUGGACCAGCAGAUGGCGAGAGUGGGAAAAGGAAGAGGAGCAAUAGCUGUGACUCUGUUGAUACAGCAGAGACAUGAUAAAACACACUACCUGCAGAAACACUCACUUGGAGACAUGAUGCUGCAUCUGAUGCCACAGUCCUCCUUUUGCAGUGAUGUUGUAUUAAUUGCUGCCUUGCUAAAAGUAAAACAGAUGGCAUGGGUCAGUAGUUAUCAUAUGUCCAUGUAACCUCUCAGGUUUUAUUUAUUUAUAAUGGAUAUCUCAUAAACCAUCAUAUAAAAGCAGCACAAUUAAGACCACAGAAUAAUGAAUCUUUAAAAUCAACACGAAGGAUUAACAAAUCGUUUCCAAGAUCAGUGCACACGUGUGAGAUAGCUAAAGUUAGAGAGGAAUUCCAGUACUUUUAAACCUAUAUUCAUGUAUUUAGGUGUGUAACCGGAACUUUUGGAAUUGGUCCAGUAGAUCACUUCAGAUGGCAGCUGUGGCGUGAUCCUCCAGGUCUAAUGCAAUGUAACAACAUCAUUACAAAUGAAGUUAUUUCUUAUUUGAUGAUGACAUGCAAAAAGUUGGGAUGAUGUGUAAAACCUUAUUAAACCAGAAUGUGAUAAUUUGAUAAUCCUUUCUUACACGUUCAGUUGAAAACAGUACAAAGACAAUAUAUUUUAAUACUCCAUCAACAUCACUAAUUGUUGUAAAUAUGUGUUUAUUUUGAAUUUGAUGUGAGCAACAAGUUGGGACGGGGCAAUAAACAAACCUCUUUGUCAUUGUGUAAAGGAAAUGACUACAGGGGCUCUGCAACACUUCAUAAAAUCAUCUGUGAACACAGUUUGUCUGUGAAUGAUUGCAUUGUGUUUAUAUUUUCAUUUUAACACUCAGGGCUGUUAUAUUACAGUUAUUUGUCAGCACAGUGUGGAGGCUUUAUGUGAAGGUUCAAGUUUCAAGUGCCCCGAAGGAAAAUGAUUAAUAAUAAUUAGUCAUUUUCA